CCUGUGCCCCUCUCACCAUCUCUCUUUUUCUGCCACUCUUUGUCUCUCCCUCCAUAGCCUCUGCCCUGAUCGCCCUCUUCCCUGAGCUCUCCCUUCCCUCCCAGCGCCCCUGGCCCUGGCCCUGAAGGUCUCCCCGUGUCCGCAGGGUCUGUGCGGAUGGCCUCGGCGGGCCCCACGGGGGCCCUGAGGGCAGUGUUGGGGGGCCUGGGCCUGGAGGUGCGAGGCUGUGACUCGGGACCUACCGAGAUCCCACCGGUGCGGAUCCGGAAGAGCGUCUGCUACAUCGUGCUGGCGGUUUUCCUCAAUGAGCGGGAUGAAGUGCUGAUGAUCCAGGAAGCUAAAAGAGAGUGCCACGGUUCUUGGUAUCUGCCUGCUGGGCGAAUGGAGCCAGGGGAAACCAUCUUGGAGGCCCUGAAGCGGGAGGUGAAGGAAGAGACAGGGCUGGAUUGCCAGCCACUGACACUGCUGGCCUUGGAGGAGCGAGGUCCCCGUUGGAUCCGCUUUGCUUUCCUCGCUCGCCCUACAGGCGGGCUGCUUAAAACCCCCGCUGAGGCAGAUGAAGAGUCUCUACAGGCCGGCUGGUACCCCCGAGCCUCACUGCCGUCACCUCUGCGUGCCCAGGAUAUCCUGCCCCUGAUUGAGCUGGGUGCCCGCUACCACCAGCACGCCGACCACCCCGCCACCUUACCCCAAGAGCUGCCCUGUAGCGGCAUCUUCCAGCGGCUAGUGGCGGUCUUUGCCGGGGCUCAGAAUGCGUGGGUGUUGGCGGGCACCGCGGGGGGCCCCCACUUGCCCGUCACGGCCUGUGGCACGACCCCCUCAGAGCAACGGGGCGGCGUGGCGGCGGCCGUGCUGCGACUGCUGCAGGAGUGCCUGGUGCCGUCCCAGGUGGUGGUGGAGACCCUGGGGGUGCUGGGGUUGCAGCACCUGGGCAAGGAGCGGGCGGACGGCCUCUGCCUGAACGUGCUGGUGGCCGUGACCCACAGGAGCUCGGGAGCCCCGCACCAGCCCCCCGGCGUGCGGGGCGACGGCUUCCGCUGGUGGCAAGUAGAGGAGGACGACCUGAGGAGGCAGCUCCUUCAGAGGCUUCGCGACUCGUCCGUCGUUCCCAUCCACAGCUAGAGGAGCUGAAGGCAGAUGCCUCAGUGGCCGGCUCCCCCUCACCGCGGGGGGCCUCGCAGGAAAAGCAGAAGGGGCAGGAGUGGAAACACGGAGGACCGAGCUGCACCCUUUCCUCCUUCCUUCCUUUCGCUCCCUCCGACCCCCACCCAGCAUGGAGCCGUAUACCCCUUAUCUUCCCUUCUGAGAAGGAUGGUGCCCCCGCUGGGGAGGAAAUUGGGAUUUAAGAGACUCGGGUACACAGAGUUCCCGAACUGCCAAGACUUGGAGUGACUUGGAGUUGCUUGGGCUGCCGAUGGCACCUGAUCUACAUUUUCCCCUUCGUGCCUCUGCUUUGCCCAGGGUUUCCUGCCUCGCCCCCCUGCACCGUGGCUUGUGUCUCCCUCCUUAACAUGAUUUGAAAAACUCUGUCCGUGUUAGUGUUCGAGGGUCGCCCCCCUCCACCGUGGCUUGUGUCUCCCUCCUUCACAUGAUUUGAAAAACUCGGUCUGUGUUAGUGUUCGAGGGUUGCCCCCCUCCACCGUGGCUUGUCUCCCUCCUUCACAUGAUUUGAAAAACUCUGUCCGUGUUAGUUUGCGAGCGGGAACCUCUGUGAGUGCAAUGCAGCUUGGCUCAGUGGAAGGAGCCCGGGCUUUGGAGUCGGAGGUCAUCGGUUCAA